AUGAGCAGUGUUUGUAUUGAUGCUCCAAAACUUGAAAGCCUUGAUUUGGAGACAGGUGCUCUCUUGAAUUUUUCCUUGGAUGCAAGAUCCCUGAUCAGUGCCAAUAUUCAUUUACGGGACAAUCGUUUUCAAGUAAACCGAGCUUCCUUUGCCAAACAUGCAACUGCGCUUUUGGCAGAAAUUUCCAAUGUUAAAAAUCUGUCACUCUCAGCUUCUCAUUUAGAGGUAAUUAAGUAA